GUGAGAUCUCCGCCGAAGAAAGGGAAGGCCUCUCUCCAUCGUCAUCACGUCCGUUCGACGAGAAAGAUCAACGGUCCAUUUUAUUCGCCGGAUGAGCGCGAGGCAUGUCACGUGAUACGUAGGCUGCCUCGGUCGGUUCUCGUCCGCCUUUGGAACCUUAACCGACAAAAGAGAGGAAAAGGAAUCCCUCGGCAGAGGAGAGCGGCGGCCAUGGGAUCGAUGGCGAGGAACGACGGGACGAGGCCCAGGGAGAACGACGGCGCCAGUGCUGGAUUUUUGUUGGUGGAUUGCACCGGGAUACUAUCUAUGGGAAAUCUACGACCUGCUUCAGAUCCUGACUUAUCUUAUGGAUUCUCUGGCCACGAAGUCGCGAAAGACUACGAAGCUCAACAGAUUCGUUCAUCGAUUUUGGUGUUGAAACCAAAAAAACUAUACCACGGGGCUCUCUUCGGUCUAAAGAUUUUAAAACCAAGAAAAUAUUUGUUGGUGGGAUUCGGUCAACUGUUACAGAAGAUGAGUUCAAGAAUUUCUUCUCAAAGUAUGGAAAGGUGGAGAAUCACCAGAUUAUACGUGACCAUUCAACCAACAGAGCAUGUGGCUUUGGCUUUAUCAUAUUUGAUUCGGAAGAAAUUGUAGAUGAUUUGUUAUCUGAGGGAAAUAUGAUUGAUCUAGCUGGUUCUAAGGUGAGUUUUAUACAGUUGUUGAAAAAUGAUCUCAUUAAAAUUGAUCCAAGUUUGCCCCAUGUGCAUUUUGCACUGUUCCAUUUUGUGUUUUGGAAUUAUGAAGAUAAACAAGCAGUUAACAUGCUUAUUUUUGCCACACUGAUAUUCGAUAACCAUGUCGCAUUGUAGGUUGAUUUUGGGUUCAUAGAUAUUCCUGACCAAGGCUGUUGACUUUUUCAUGUAACAGGAAUUAGGUUAAUGCUGUUGCAUUGUUGUAGGUGGAGAUCAAGACAGCUGAACCAAAGAAAGUCUCAAACUAGCCGGCUUCAUAUGGUAGUGAACCUAGGCCACGGUCUUUUAGUGAUAGCUUUGGUGGUCUUGCCAACACUUAUAGUGGUUUUGGAGGUGGUGGAUAUGGCCCUGGUCCCUAUAGGACUCCUGGAGGUUUUGGUGGUAGGUUUGGUGGCUAUGGUGUUGGUGCUGGUGAAUUCGGUGGAGGAUAUGGUGGUUUUGAUCGAGGAUUAGGUGUGGCAACCUAGGGGAAUCUUCCCUUGGUCAUUCAAGUUGGCUUGGAUCUUAUGGGGGAGGGCUUGGUGGUGGAUAUGGGCCGAGUGGCUUCGGUGGCUAUGGUCACGGUGAUGAUACCUUUGGUCGUUAUGAUGCUUUCUAUGGUGGUGCAUAUGAUGAUUCUAGCCCAGGUGCCGAAUCUGGUGGAAUGUAUCAUAGUCGGGGAAGCUAUGGCAGUGGUGCUGGCAGUUUCUCCUCAGUAUGCUUUUUGUUCUAGUCAUUUCACGACAGCUUGCAUUAGUGCACCAGAUGCAUAGUUCUUGAUCUGCAAUCUUUCCAAGGUCACUGAUAGAAGAGCUUUGCUAGUUUGCUUGUUUGACUGUUGUGAGAGCCAUGUAAUACAUAGAACACAAAUUAGAUGCUCUCUGGUUUGUUUUUUCUUGCUCUUUUUUUGGUUAUUCUAGACUUGUAGACCACAUACCUUGGUGUGUAGAAUGCUUUAAUAUCAGUUUCUAUCCAGCA